AUGAUAGCCUUUUGGUUGGUGCCAUGAGCCAGGGCAUGCUGGGGUUCUUGACUUGUGGCCCAAUUCCCAAUGAGGUUGAAGUCGCUGGGGAACCAUGGUAGCCCCUCUCCUAGCAAUAACCUUAAGUGCAAAGACAGGAAGGGAUGAGGUGUCCAAAUGGGAGACAUGGAGGAGUGCUGGUUGGGGAUGGCGAUGGACACUGGUGGGAUGCAUGCCAUGCCCCAGGACACCCAACUAAUUUUUGUGUUGGGUCCCCCAGGCAGCAUCUGUGACCUGUUCCAGGACACCAUGCCUGCCCAUCCGUGGCAAAGCCCAAGGCUGGCCCCGCCAAUGAUGUCCCAGGAUUCUGCAUGCCCCAGGCCCACAAAGGGGUGUCCCAAUUGCACUGUGAGGGGGCAUGUGUGGCUGCCCAUGUUCCUGAUGCUGCGGCCUCCAUGAUCAGUUUCCUGUGGGGCUCUGAUUUCCCUGGUGUCCAGUGGAGCCACUGGGCUGAGGCUGAGGGACUUGGCGCCAUGCUGGAGCCUUCCUUCCUGCCAUCCCAGGAUUUUUGCUGGUGUCAUGAAUGCAGUCCACCACCACCCAUUCUGAGCUCUCUCCCAAUGGCAAAAGGUGAAGUACGAUGGGGAAGUGCAUUCUCAUGGCUGAAUUGCAUCUUUCUGCACAGAGCCCAUGACAGGACAUAGAACCCACCUGGUUCAGGGAAGGUAGAUUGGCCCAGCUUCAGGAAUAGGUUGCAAGCCAGAAGAAAAAUUGCCAACCUGCGCUUCACAAACAAUCUAUGUUAACCAUGUUGAGCCGGAGGGCUGAAGACAGAGGCAUGUAGGGACUGCCUUAGUUGGGUCAACAAUGAGAAUUCAUAUGCUCAUGAACAGAGAUGAUGACUUAAAAAUUAUGCUCAAUAGGAUUCUGCAGAAGCCCAAUGGAGGCCAUUGCACUGAGGUACGAUCCUAGAGAAUCCUGUGGCCCUGGAUUACCACUGGACCCAGGGGCUCGAGGUGACAAAUCCCUCCAGUUACUGAGGGGGUUCUCCUUGGUCUAUGGACCUCCACAUGCCUAAGACCUGUUCUGGCCCUGGGGUGUUGUGUGUCCAUCACUAGUGCUUCUCAACUCAUCCCUGGGAAUCCAACUAAGCUCCCUCAGCGUCCUUGUGUCUUUCAGUGGGACAUCGCUUUGUGACCACUUUCUCGCCAUUGACCCCACCAUGGGAGGAGAGUGGAUGCCUGUAUCCCACACCCCAACCGAGAUCCCACCUGGUGCAUGGAGGGGAAUUUGGCCAAUCAUCUGGAACAGACCCCGAGCCAGGGGUUCUCAUGGCCACCAAGGACAUCACAAUCCAUUUCUGUGGGACGUCGUCUUGGCGACCAGGGUCUCACCAUUGAGCCCACCAUGGGAGGAAAGUGGAUGCCUGUAUCCCACAGCCCAACCAAGAACCCACAUGGUGCACGGAGGGGAUUUUGGCCCACCUUUGGGAACAGGCCCCGAGCCAGGGGUCCUCAUGGCCACCCUGCUCAUCACAGACCCUCUCUAAUCAGCGCCCCGACCGAGAUUGCACCUGGUACACCGAGGGGAGUUUGGCUCAGCAUCAGGAACAGGCCCCGAGCCAGGGACCAUCAUGGCCACCCUGCACAUCACAAACCCUCUCUGAUCCCACACCCCAACCAAGAUCCCACCUGUUGCAUGGAGGAGAGUUUGGCCCAUCUUCAGGAACACACCCCGAGCCAGGGGCCAUCAUGGACACCCUGCGCAUCACAAACCCUCUCUGUGGGACGUCUUCUUGGUGACCAGGGCCUCGCCAUUGAGACCACCAUGGGAGGAGAGUGGAUGCCUGUGUGAGUACCUGGAGAUCCAGUACCCUUGAGAUGAUUGACGAGGGAGCCCUCAGUGCAAUGCCAGCCAUCUUCUGGGACUGGGGCUUCGUCCUUGCCCCAGAGGGCUGGCAUGUCCCUGAAUGUCUGACCUGUGAACUUGGUUGUCUG